AAGUGGACUGGGAUGGAUCCGUAUUCAAUCCAAUUAUAUACCCGGUAGAAUUUGGAUUGCUUUAGAUCCGAUUUGAACGGCAACACCGGCAAAGUACGUAACGGGUAAGAAGAGGCGAGCGGACGUAGGCCGGAGGGACAUGUUAUAUUUUCUCUGUGCUUUAAUGAAAGAGGGAGUUCUGCAUCGUUCUUUGUCUUGGUCGAAAAGCUGAAAUUGUAGAGGAAACAGCUAUGAGGGGCGUGGGACGAUUGCUUACACGAGUCGUUAGAGGAAGACCAGAGCUUAACGGAGAAAAUAAAACUCUGUUUCUCCAUCGCGGCCUCUUCUUUGCUUCUUCAACAGCCACAACUCCCUUCCAGCGAAAUCAGAACAGCUAUAGUACUUCCAGUCUAUUGAAACUCUCACCAAUUCCAGCUCUUAUCUCUACGAAAUGGAGUGUUUUUGGAGGGCAGAGGAGGAACGUGUUCAUUCAGACCCUGUCAACACCAAACCCUUCCUCUCUCAUGUUCUAUCCUGGCAAGCCUGUUAUGGAAGUUGGGAGUGCAGACUUUCCCAAUGCUCGUUCAGCCAUGAAUUCUCCAUUAGCAAAAGCCCUAUAUGGCAUUGAUGGAGUUACACGAGUGUUUUUUGGGUCAGAUUUUUUAACAGUUACAAAGUCAGAUGAAACUUCUUGGGAUCUUCUAAAACCUGAAAUUUUUGCAGCUAUUAUGGACUUUUAUUCUUCUGGUCAGCCACUCUUUCUAGAUGCCAAUAUGGCAGCUUCCUUGGACACAGCCAUUCAUGAGGAUGAUUCAGAAACAGUUGCAAUGAUUAAAGAAUUGCUUGAGACUCGUAUCCGCCCUGCAGUACAAGAUGAUGGUGGGGAUAUAGAAUAUCGAGGAUUUGACAUAGAAACUGGAAUAGUCAAGCUACGGAUGCAAGGAGCCUGUAGUGGUUGUCCUAGCUCUUCAAUCACUCUGAAAUCAGGCAUUGAAAACAUGCUUAUGCAUUAUGUACCUGAGGUUAAGGGAGUGGAACAAGAGCUAGAUAAUGAAGAUACAGAAUUGACUGGCCAGAUCAUGUAACACUUAUAAAAGGCGGAUGCCUCAGCUUGAGCCAGUUCAUGUUUGCUAAUGACUUAACUUUCAAAGUUCAUUCUCAAUUGGUAAUUUACAGUGUUUGAUCAUGAUAGAAUCAAUUUAAGAUGAUGCAUAUAUGGCAAGAGUCAUGUUUUGCCCUUGUGACAUUCUUUUAUUCCUUUAUAUCCAUGAGCACAUCUUAUACUUUCCUACUCGGGUUCCUUCUACUAAGCAACAUAAUGAAGAGAUUGUGUGAGCCUUUUGCGUA